GAGAGAGAGAAAAAAAAAAAAAAGACCGACGUUUGCUCCCACCCAUGAUCUAAUCAAACACCUCAAAGGAAAGGAGAGAUUAAUACAAAAGUCCCUCUAACUUUGGUCUUAAAAGCUUCACCGAAAAAUUCUCUAUUGCUCUUUCUUUUCACCCCAAUCGAGAUCUAGAGAGAGAAAGAAAAAGGAUCGAUCACAAACACACACAUACAUAUGUCAUAAACUUUUUCUCUGUUUCUGUUCUGUUAGAAGAAGAAGAUGCUGCAGAGAGCUGCGAGUAAUGCGUAUUCAUGGUGGUGGGCUAGUCAUAUCCGUACCAAACAAUCCAAAUGGCUCGAACAAAACCUUCAAGAUAUCGAAGAGAAGGUGCAAUACGUGCUCAACCUCUUACAAGAAGAUGGAGACUCAUUCGCCAAGCGUGCGGAGAUGUACUACAAGAAGAGACCCGAACUCAUAACCUUCGUGGAAGAAACGUUCAGAGCUUACAGAGCCUUAGCCGAGCGUUACGACAAGAUCUCCACCGAGCUUCAAAACGCCAACACCACCAUCGCUUCCGCAUUCCCCGACCAAGUCCCCAACUUCGCGAUGGACGACGACGACGACGGCCCCUCUUCCAAAUUCCCCAAAAGACCGAACCUCCCUGGUCCGACCGCCCCUAACGUCCCUAAGAUGCCCGUUAAAGACCUGAAGAGCGCGGUGAGAGUGGCGACCAAGAAGCUUCAGCCUCGGAAGUCCAUGAAGUACACGGGCGGUGUGACCAACGUGGCUGUUAAAAGCUCGGGGUUGAGCAAGUCCGAGGCCAUGGGGGAGAUUGAUAAGCUGCAGAAGGAGAUUCUGACGCUGCAGACGGAGAAGGAGUUUGUGAAAAGCUCCUACGAGAAGGGUUUGUCGAAGUACUGGGAGUUUGAGAAGAGCAUUAAGGAGAAGCAGGAGAGGAUCUGCGGGCUGCAGGAUGAGUUUGGUGAGAGCGUUGCGAUCGAGGACGAUGAAGCGAGGAGGUUGAUGACCGAGACUGCGAUCAAGUCGUGUCAGGAGAAGCUGGUGGAGCUGCAGGAGAAGCAGGAGAAGUCUUACGAGGAAGCGAGGGAGGAGCAUUUGAAGAUUGUGGAGUCUAAGGAGAAGCUGAGGUCUAUGUCGAGUCAGCUUCUAGGUGAGGACAGUGUUGUCUUUGCGGAGGAUUGUGAUGAAGUUAGAAGUAGUGCUUUGGAACAUGAGAUGAGAGAGAUGUCUAGGAAGAAGGAAGAGCUGGAGUCUGUUAAGGAGAAGAUCAGAGAGCAUUUCGAGUCCGGCGUGGACUCUUCGGUGGACGCUACAGAGAUGGCUGAGAGAGUUGAUGAGCUUGUGAACAAAGUGAUUAGCUUGGAGAGUGCUGUUUCUUCCCAGACUGCUUUGAUACAGAGGUUGAGAAACGAGACUAACGGUCUUCAGACGCAGAUCAGUACUCUUGAAACGGACAAGGCUGUAUUAGCAGAUGACAAGAGUGAUCUUAGGAAGAAGCUUAAGGAGAUGGAGGAGAAGCUCAAAGCCUUGGAGGAUUUGGACAGGAAUGUGAUGGUUAAGAGUAGUACUCUGAGUACAGAUUUCGAUAAAGCGUGUAGUAAUCUCGAUAACCUCUCUAGUGGGAAGUUGGAUGAAGUUAAGUCUGAGACCUUGGCAGUGAAAAUGGCUGAGGAGACGAAAGAGGAAGAAGCUGAGAAGAAGAGUGAAAGCUCUGUAGAUAUCAUCAUCCCAAGUAAAAGUUCAGAAGUUGUUUUGGAAUCUACUGAAAAGAUUGAUUCUGAACCAGAGAUGCAAUCUGACAAGACAGUAGAGUCUGUUCUUCUUGAUAAUGUUCUAGAGAAGCAGUCUGAAUCAGACAAGACAGACUCAGUUCUUCUUGAUAAUGUUUUAGAGAAACAGUCUGAAUCAGACAAGAAAGAUAAUGUUUUAGAGAAGCAGACAUCUUCUAAAGAAUCUGAUACCACUCUCAAUAGUGAACCGGACUGGAAAGAGAUGUUCAUGAAGGGAAUGGAGAACAGAGAGAAGCAUCUGCUCACAGAGUACACAACCAUCCUAAGAAACUACAAGGACAUGAAGAAAGACCUCGACGAGACGAAAACAAAAAACGCCACGAAAGACGACGAGAUCAAGCACCUCAGAGAGAAGAUGACACUCCUGCAGAAAGGUUUAGCAGACAGCAACGAUCUGCUGGAAAGCCAGAUGUCGAACGACGACUACUCCCUCGGGUUCAUGGCCGCGGAGAACGAGAGCAUGUCCCUGGUGGAGGAGCAGUUCCGCCUGAACAUCGAUGAGCUACUAGAGGAGAACCUCGACUUCUGGCUGAGGUUCAGCACUGCGUUCGGGCAGAUACAAGGGUACGACACCUCCAUCGAAGACCUCCAAGGCGAGAUAUCGAAGCUGGAGCAGAGGAAGAAGCAGGACGGGAGCGGGACGGCUAAGUACGCGCUCCGGUCGGACGUCAGGCCGCUUUUUCGACACCUGAGGGAGAUCAACACUGACCUCGGCCUCUGGCUCGAGAAAGGCGCCGCCCUCAAAGAGGAACUCAAGUCGAGGUUCGAGUCUCUCUGCAAUAUUCAGGAAGAGAUAACUAAGGCUUUGAAGUCGAGCGCCGAGGACGAUGAUUUCAAGUUCACUAGCUACCAGGCUGCUAAGUUCCAGGGCGAGGUGUUGAACAUGAAGCAGGAGAAUAACAAAGUGGCGGAUGAGUUGCAGGCCGGGUUGGAUCAUAUCACCACGCUUCAGCUGGAGAUUGACAAGACGCUGGGGAUGCUGACGGAGGAGUUUGCGCUUUCGGGGUCGAAGAACAGGUCGGAGCUUGACCUCCAGCACUCGGAUAGUCGGUCCAGAGUGCCGUUGAGGUCGUUUAUAUUUGGGUCCAAACAGAAGAAAACGAAGCCGUCUAUAUUCUCGUGCAUGCAUCCUUCCCUAUACAGGAAGAUGAAGGCUUCUACGCCAACAUAGGUAAUAUAAAUACAAUACCAUCCAGAGAGUUUAUUGAUUUUUUUAUACUGUAACUUAUUCAGAUUCAUGGAGGAUUUGAUUCUUUUUCUUUUCCCUGGGGAGACUGAACCUUUUUAUCUUUUUUUUUUUUUUGGAUUGUGAGAUUGAAACAAUAGUUUUGUGUGUUGGCUAUUCUCUCUGAGUAUAUUGGUAGAUUGAUAACUCACCGGUUGUAACUGGUGAAGCAAGAGGAUUGUCUCCCAGUUUUUUUUUUAAUCAUUUUCUUAUUCAAAAGUUUGUAUGUUCAGAACCAUUUACAAGUAAAAGAGUUUGUGAUUUUGUUUGUU